AUGGUCAACAUCACAUACGGUGUGCUCUCGGCACCCGACGGCUCCACGUCGGGCUCGUCCAACUUUGCACCCAACGGCACCGACAUUAUCGUCACGUACGGUGCCGACGGCUCGAGCGUCGUCUCGUACUCGCCCGGUGACAUCUCGUGGGUGCUCACCAGCACGGCGCUCGUGUGGAUCAUGAUUCCCGGUCUCGGCUACCUCUACUCGGGUCUGGCGCGCAGGAAGAACGCGCUGCACCUGCUGCUGCUCACGCUCGCCGCGCUCGCCGUGGUCUCGUUCCAGUGGUUCUUCUGGGGCUACUCGCUCGCCUUCUCCCAGACCUCGGGCGCCUUCCUCGGCAAUCUGCGCAACUUUGGCCACAUGGGCGUGCUCGAACGACCCGUGCCCCAGGCCAACAACAAGGUGCCCGAGAUCGUCUACUCGAUCUACCAGUGCAUGUUUGCCAACCUCGUGCCGGCCAUCGCCAUCGGCGCUGCGUGCGAGCGCGGCCGCGUGUGGCCGUUCCUCGUAUUCACAUUUGUGUGGACCACGCUUGUGUACGACGUGAUUGCGUGCUGGGUCUGGAAUCCGACGGGAUGGGCGUUCAAGUGGGGCGUCCUCGACUAUGCAGGCGGUGGACCCGUGGAGAUCAACUCGGGUAUCACCGGACUCGUCAUUUCCUACUACCUCGGCCCGCGUCACGGAUACGGCACGGAGCGUCUGCUGUUCAAGCCGCACAACGUGUCGCACAUUGUGCUCGGCACCGUCUUCCUCUGGGUCGGAUGGAUCGGCUUCAACGGCGGCUCCACCUUUGCCGCCAACAUCCGCGCCGCCAUGGCCAUCAGCACCACCAACCUCGCCGCAUCCGCCGCCGGUCUCACCUGGAUGUUCCUCGACUUCCGUCUGGAGCGCAAGUGGUCCGUGGUCGGAUUCUGCACCGGUGCGAUUGCCGGCCUGGUCGCCAUCACGCCCGCUGCCGGCUUUGUCGGUCUGCCCGCCUCGGUGCUUAUUGGUGUCGUUUCGGCCGCCGUGUCCAACUUUGCCACCGUGCUCAAGGGCCCCAUGCGCGUCGAUGAUGUGAUGGACAUUUUCUCCGUCCACGCCCUCGCUGGCUACGUCGGCACGCUGCUCACCGGCAUCUUUACGCAGGCGUCGGUGGCGAACAACGACGGCAUCCUCGUCAUCCCCGGUGGAUGGCUCGACGGCAACUGGAUCCAGCUGGCGUACCAGCUGGCGUACUGCGUUGCCGUGACGGCGUGGUGUGGCGGUGUGACGUUUGCCAUCAUGUUUGUGCUCGACCACACGCCGUUCAUCGGGCCGUUCCGCGCGUCGGAGCUUGGCGAGAUUGUGGGUAUGGACGAGGACCAGUGUGGCGAGUGGGCGUACGACUAUGCCUUUAUCAACCGCGACCUCGAGGGCAACUACCAGCCCAACCAUGGUCAGACGCUCGACAUGCACGAAAAGGUCGCACAUACCGUUCACGACGGUUCGCUCAGCUCACAGACCAACGAGAGCGAUCAGGAUACUGCUGCGCGCAGCAACCCGCAGGUGGCAGAGACCGCUUCGCACAAGGAAGAGCAGCCGACUGUCGCCGCUCCAGCUCAGUCUGUAGCACACGGCCCGAAGCCGGCUGAGGUUCGGCUUUCAGCAGCCUCCAAGUUCAUCAGCUCGGGCGUCACAACUCGGCCCGCUCAACGAUUCGGAUGUGACAAGAUCGCAGUCACCACUCAGGAACAUACCGAUCGACCAGCAGCUGCAUCGGCUGCGCCCUCGCUUGCGUCUGCGCUAUUGUUUGAAGCCGUGCAGAGCCGCAAACCCGCCAUCCUCUCGUCCUCUUUCAGACAUGCCUACUUUCUGGCUCUGCCGCAGUGCCGCAAGCGUCGAGGCUGUUCAACCUGUCGGCGCGCACUCGACACCAUCUCGCGCCCGAACUCGGUCACGUAUCGGAGAUCGCCGUCGUGGUCGGCUGCGCUCUCCGAUGGCUUGCGCUCCCCCGAGUCGGCUCUCGAUUGUCCAGCCAGCUCCCACACGCCCAUCAUCUCGGUGAUUCCUACGUCGGCAGCGAUCUAUAGCUCACAGCGCGACCAGGUAUCGGCGCGAAUCCGGUCGUGGCCAAGUGAGCGCGAACGCGAUGUUGCAUCAGCUGGCCGUGAUCCGCCAAGGGGUCAAACAGCCGUCACGUCUUUCCUGCCUUCGCCUGCGUAUCCCGCCUACUUGAGAGACUCGCCCUCUCCGCGCCAGCAUCUGCACCAGCAUCUGCACCAGCAUAGGCCCAGACGAGUGCGCUCCACGGAGCACCUCACCACUCGCCACGUGCGUCUUUCCAGCCCCAAGCUCGCCCCUUUCCCGCCAUGGACCUCUUCUACCCCCUUUACAGCUCACACCACCCAACGCGAUACGCUCCUCCUCGACGCGAUCGAGUCGCCGCGUUCGCUUACUCGAAGUCCAUCUGUCAACGGCCGCUUUCCGCGGACUUCAGCAUCCCCAAGCCUGCUCGAUCCUCCGUUUGCAUGGAGACCGCCGAGCGAGGCUUUCGCCGACACUGGUGGUGCGAGCGGCCGCACACAUACCCCAACUACCCCGAGACCCGAGUCACGCGCGCUGGACACCAUCAUCGAGGCAGCGUACCAGGACACCUCGAAGGCGGAAACGAGCGUGUUCGGACUCGACCAUUCGCGGCUAUCGAGCUUCUCGAGCCUCUCGGCACCCAAUCCGGGCAGUCCGGACGGCAGUUGGGCGCGAAGAUCUCCACCCUACGCCAUCAGUCGUUCGACUUCAAGAGCCUCGUCCCGACGUGUCGAUGCGAGCCCCUCGGCGUCGACACCCACGUUCAGGCCGAAACAGCUCCUUCUGAUCGGCUCGCCUCGUCGUCACUCUUCUCAGCUUGCACCAAGUCCGUCCUCGCUCUUGACGUUUGGCACUUCACAUGCUCCACAAUCACCGAGUUGGGGGGCAAGAGCUCUCAGGCUUGAGCCAGCACUGUCCCCACGAUCCUCGCGGUCACGCCUGGAGCAAAGCUCACAGAGAGACGCCACGAAUGAAGGCACCACCAAAUCGCAGCAUCCAGCAGCGCAGGGAAACGACGCCACAGCCUGUGGGACCUUCAUCAGUGCCGCGGAUCCGAAGAGCUGGGAUGCUGCUUCAACCUUCCAACGUCUCGACCACAUCCACGACAAGAAGAACCACGACCCACAUCCAGCGCUAGCAUCUGGAGGCUUUCAAGGUGUUUCCUCUGAGAUGUCUCUGAUACCGUCGGCGACCUCCGAUCAUCCCGACGAGACGCUCAAGUGCAUGCAUCCGCCCUCAACAUCCUCUCACCGACCGAUCGCGGUGACGUCCCAAAUCGAGCCGGUCUCGGCUGUGCACGCCCGCACAGGUUCAGAGGUUGGAGGUGAGCGAGGCCUGCGUGCAGUCUCGCUCUCACCACGACGCUCGUCUGGCUCGGGCGAGACGCGCUCGAGCGAGACGAUCGAGCUCGUACCCUGGCAGGUGGCCACGACCGAUACGGCCAGUACGCGGCGAUCCGAAGAGAUCUUUCGACCGCUCAGCCAAGCGCUCACCAUGAGUCGGAGCGGUGCCGGCUCCUCACGCGACACCAUCGGCUCCGUCCACCUCCGUCGCCUGAACAGAGACGAUGCGACGCCGGCAUUGUCACCACUGCAAACGCCACUCAAAGCCGAAUCGCACUUUCGAUGGAGCACCAUCGACGCUGAUCGUAGGACGGCUCUGGGCGAUCUAGUCGUGAGAGAGGCGAGUGAUUGUGUGGAGCUGGGAAUAGCCGCGUCCGCACCUGUGCAAGAAAGGGCCAAGUCAAGAGGGGAAGAUUGGAUUGCAGGACCUCCAGGAACGGUGGGAAGACUGUUGCUCGAGCUUCAAGGGUCGACCCUCGCUGCUGCGCAAAGUAGCGAUGGCAACGCACCAGGCUUUGCUGUUGCUGGGAGUGCUCGGACACGCAACGAGCCGCGCGGCGUUGUUCAUCAUCGAAGCACCACUGUAGCAGGUCCACUGAUUCUUCCACGGCAGUCCUCAAUUCGGCGGCGCCACCUAAGCGUCCAGCUGGACCAGCCUCAUCGCUCGACACUGGGCGAACAAGUGCUCCCACUACCUGCACUCGCACUCCCUCCCGACAGCCCCAACACCGAAGCUGCUUUGACCAAACGCAGUCGGCUGGGCAAUUUUCACCACACCCGCUGGGGCAGGUACACUCUGCAGGCGGUGCUGCUUUUCUACCAGGCGGGGUUUUUCACAUUCGAAGCCGCCCGACUCUGGCACUCGCUCAGCCCCGCAAUCCCACUGGUGGCGGCGGGGAUGUUUCUCGUGCUCGACCUGCUGAUGGUGCAGAUGCGCACGUUUCAAGCCAUGCGCGCAAGACUCUUUGUCUGGCUAGCUUGUGGUGCCGUGCCCACUUUGGGGUAUUGUGCGGCCGUGUGCGCUGUCGAUGUCGCCCUCCUCGCCUCUAACGAUCAGGAAACAGAGGAUGGGAUCCAUUUUCACCCCGGUUCCAGCGGAGGUACGCUGGCGGAUGUGCUGCAAGACGUACCCGUGACCGCGGUGCUGUUUGUCGUCGGAGCACUCGCUGCAUUGAUCGUCUUGGCGGGCCUAGUUGUAGUUGGAGUGGUUGCGCGGAGGAGGCGCCGAGAGCAGCACGAGCCACCCGUCUCGGCUGAAUGA